AUGAAAUUGAUUCGACACUCACAAUGGACAAAUGUGGAAAGAUUGGAUUUGUUGAGAAUUUGUUCGGAUGAAACUGUUGAAAAAGAUUGGUAAGCAAAAUUUUUGACUGAAAAUCGAUUUUGGCCAGUUUUUGAACAAAUAUUGAUAAAAAUCGAAUAUUUUUACAAAAUUGUUUUUUCCAGGAGAAUCCGAGCGGAUGAAAUGUCCCGACGUUAUUCAAAACUUGGAAUAUUCUUCACCGCCAAAGUUUUACAUUCAGAAUUCGAACGAAUUUUAUCAGCCCCUUGUCCUGGCAUCGAACCAAAUAUCUCCGGACAAUACUCGUAUAGUCAUAAAGUGCUCAUGGAAAAAUGGAUUGCUCAUUUUAGCAAAGUAAUCGAAGAAGAAAACAGUAAAAAAUCGGAGUUGGCGAUGGUUGAAAUUCGAAGAUGUACGAGCCUUAUUGAAAAACUAUUGGCUGAUAAAAUGAGUUUGGAAGAGAUGGGCGAUUUGUUGGAAAAAAUGAAGAUGGAGGAUCCGAAAAAAGAAGAUGAUAUUCAAUUUCGACGAGUUGUUAGCACUUAUUCCAAUAGAUUGUUGCAUGUUUGGAAAGAAACUGGAAGAACUGUUUUAAAUCCAGGAGAAAGUAUGAUGUUGCCACCGACAAUCAAAAAAGAUGAGGAGGAAGGUGGUUCUGGAUUUAUGACACCUACUUAUAAUAGGUGAGUUGAGGGAAGAUGAAAAACUAUGAGAGAAUUCCCUUCAUUAAAUUUGAGCUGAAGCAUUUAGUUCGUUAGUUUAUGUCAGUUCGAAAAAUAUGUAUUAGGUUGCCGACAUUUUGAACCAAGUAAAAUACGUUUCAAAACAAUUUUAAAUGUUUCUAAAAUAAAACGUUCCAUGAUUUAUCUUAUUUCAACAUUUCUAUCACUUCUUUUAAUUAAAAAAAAUGCUCAACAUUUUAUCAAAAAAUGCUUCAAAAUUUUUUAAAUUCAAACCGUUUCUACAAUUUUUGAUUUUUCUCACAGUUGCCUAUGAUCCCAAUAAUUUUGUUCAUUUUCUACUCAUUUUUUUCAAUAUUUAAUUUCAGUUCCGCCAUAACUGCCAUCGCUUCGCCAAUUCGAAGUGUCGCCGAAGCUAUGAAAGAUGCUGUGCCGAUUUUCGCCGAACCUAUUCCACCUCCACCAGCAGUUCACAUUCCAGCUCCAAGUGCAAGUCCUCAACAACAACAAAAAUCAGCUGAAAUUCAAGAUGUCAAAAUGGAAGAUGAUAUUUCAGUGAAAAGUGAAGGAUCGGUUCCGCCAGAUCGACCGGAUACACCCAAAAAUCAUCCGAAUCGACGAAGAGCUUCUGCGGUGCCACCAAAGGCAGAAGUUCAAGAUCCUGAAAUUUUGGCAGUUCCACAGAUUCCGCCGGUGAAAAAAUUGACUGGAAAACGACGAAGAGAACUUGUAGAAAGUGCGGAUUCGUUUGAAAUUCCAUCUGCACCAAUGACACCAAUGCCAACCGAAUGGCGAGAUCAAGAAUGUCAAACAGAAGUGUCGAUCAAAAGUGUGGUUGGAACAACAGUGUCAGCGUCGCCGCGUCGUAGCGCCGCUUCCGCGAACACCGCUGCAACGCCGUUGCGGAAGAGUUCGCGAAGAUCGGAAAAACCGGCGACACCCGCACCCACACCAACUCCUUCUGCCAAUUCGUUGAAUACAAGUGGAACAUCAUCGAAUUCGUCUGGAUUGUCACAUAGUAUUGGAUGUCAAACAUCGAGAGUGGAAUUUGAGAAAGAUGAUGUUGUAACAUUCUAUUAUGCACCUGAAAGUUUUGCAGAUAAGAUUUCAACUGAAUUGGUCAAUUUGGAGCGGAAAAAAUCAGCGGGCGGAAAAAGACAAGGAGAAGAGACGAUGAUGGUGAGUAUUUUCUCGAUUAUCCGAAUAAUUUCAAAAUUAACUUUUUUGGAAAAAAAAAGUAUAACUUCUAACAGAACAAUCAAAAGUUUCAUAAAAUAAUGUCAUAAAUAGUGUAAGAUUUGAAAAAUCCGGUUAAAGGUUUCGGUACCAAUUUUCCGCUUUUCCGGAAUGUUUUGAAAAUUUCGGUUUGAAAAUUCCAGAAAUUUACAGCUUUACCCUAUGUUUUAUAUAUUUUAAUCAACUUUUUUCCCAGGAAAUUCAAAACGAAAAAGCCGCCGACGACAAUGCUUCUGGUGACGAAUCCGCUACAACAUCACACGCGCGUCGCGGAAGUAAAUCUGAAUCUCGCCGCGAAUUGACCUACAUUGUCGACACACAAACAGCAUUGGCGCAAAAGUUGAUCGAUGAGAAAUCCUAUAAAUUGUUCCGCGAAAUUGUUGAUACGGCAACGGCAGCCGCCGCGACAGAUUCGCCAGUCGUCGCAAAACGCGCACGAAAAGAUGACAGGAAAGAUGAUUCGCGAUUUUUGUUGAAUAACAUGUUGCGAAUAUUGACAGAACAUAAAUAUUCGUCGAUUUUUAUGCAACCUGUCACUGAAAAAGAUGCGCCUGGAUAUACAAAUACAAUUAAAAUAAGAGUUGAUUUGGCGACACUAAGAAAGGAAAUUGAUUCUGGACAAGUAACGACAAGAAAUCAAUUUAUGUUGAAGUACGAUUAAUUUUUUACGAUGAAAAAAACAAUUGAUUUUUUGCAGAGCCUACACAAUGUUUGCAAAUGCAGUUAUGUUCAAUUGCACUGGACAUGAUGCAAAUACUUAUGCUAAAAAUAUGGUCAGAGAUCUUAUGACUGAUAUUUUGACUGCUGUGAGUUUUAUUUUAUUGAGGAUUUUUGAAAGGGGGAUUUUUUUACCCUUUCAUUUUUCAGAGUAGCGAAGAACGUAAAGGUGGAAUCUCGCGUCGCAGUAAAAUAAUCGACGAGGCUCGAAGUUCUCAUCGAAGUCAAUCAAUGGAACCCGAACAAAUUCCGUAUUUAGGAGUUCCCGGAAAUCAACGACAAUUAUUCAAACGAGCAGCACAAACCGCCUCGAAUAUCAUCAAAAAGAUGGCCAAAAAGUGA